CUCAUGAAUUCGAAGUAGAUCGAAUGGUCAUUUUGAUUUUGACAUAACUUAAACUAAGAUUCAUUAGAGCAUGCUUUCACCUCGUAUCUAUGAUGCGAAGCCAGCAUCGACUGCUACUAGGAUUCCAAUUAAAAUUCCUUAACAAAUUCAAUGUUAGCCAAACGUUCCACACCUCCAUUUUGUCACCUCAUAUUUUUCAAUUACAUGAUUCUCCAAUCCUUAAACAACGGAAAAUUGGUCGUGAAUUGGCCAAAUUAUUACAAUUGCCAUGUACAAACAUUUCUAUUCCUUAUUACUAUAAGAAAAUCCAUGCCCACGUUGUGGUAUUGGGGUUUCAUCAACAUGAUGUCUUCCUUGUUAACACUCUCGUGUACGCAUACUCAAAGCUAAACCUUAUAAGUGAUGCAGAAAAGCUGUUCGAAACAAUGCCUCUGAAGAACCUAGUUACUUGGUCUUCCAUGGUUUCUAUGUACACCCAACAUGGUUAUAGUUUAGAAGCAUUGGUGUUGUUCUGCCGGUUCAGGAGAAGUUGCAGCGAGGAACCGAAUGAGUACAUUUUAGCCAGUGUCAUUAGAGCUUGUACACAAUUGGGCAGUCUCAGUGAAGCUCUCCAGGUGCAUGGUUUUGUUAUUAAGGGUGGAUUUGUUCAAGAUGUUUAUGUGGGUACCUCUUUGAUUGAUUUUUAUGCCAAGCAAGGUUAUGUUGAUGAAGCAAGGUUGAUUUUUGAUGGCCAAGAAGUUAAAACCACUGUCACGUGGACUACAGUUAUAUCAGGGUACUCAAAACAGGGAAGAAGUGACGUAUCCUUGAAGAUAUUUAAACAAAUGAGAGAGGAAGAUGCAUGUCCAGACAGAUAUGUAAUUUCUAGCGUUUUGAGUGCUUGUUCGAUGCUUGAGUUUCUUGAAGGGGGGAAGCAAAUUCAUGGCUAUGUGUUAAGGAGGGCCUUUGACACGGAUGUUUCGGUGGUGAAUGGAAUUAUAGAUUUUUAUUUGAAAUGUCACAACGUGAAGACAGCGCGGAAAUUAUUCGAUCAGCUGAUAGAUAGAGAUGUUGUUUCGUGGACCACAAUGAUUGCUGGUUGCAUGCAGAAUUCAUUCCACGGGGAUGCCAUAGAUCUGUUUGUUGAAAUGGUUAAAAUGGGUUGGAAGCCCGAUGCAUUUGGUUGCACUAGUAUUCUCAAUUCAUGUGGUUCACUCCAGGCCCUAGAAACGGGAAGACAAGUGCAUGCUUAUGCUAUUAAGGUCAACAUAGAUCAUGAUGACUUUGUGCAAAAUGGUUUGAUUGAUAUGUAUGCCAAAUGUGAUUCCUUGACUGAAGCAAGAAAAGUCUUUGACCUGGUGGCUGUAACAAAUGUAGUAUCCUACAAUGCAAUGAUAGAAGGAUACUCAAGACAAGACAAACUGUACGAAGCAUUGGAUCUUUUUCGUGAAAUGAGGCUAAGUUUAUCACCACCAACUCUAUUAACGUUUGUAAGCCUUCUUGGGCUAUCCGCAUCAUUAUUUCACCUGGAACUAAGCAGCCAAAUCCACGGCCUGAUUAUUAAAUAUGGUGUUUCUUUAGAUAAUUUCGCUGGAAGUGCACUGAUAGAUGUUUAUUCAAAAUGCUCAUGUGUUGGGGAUGCAAGAGUUGCUUUUGAGGAGAUAAAUGACAAAGACAUUGUACUAUGGAAUGCAAUGUUUUCUGGAUACAGCCAACAAUUGGAAAAUGAGCAGUCUCUCAAACUAUACAAAGAUUUACAGAUGUCAAGACUAAAACCCAACGAAUUUACUUUUGCUGCAGUAAUCACAGCAGCAAGUAACAUGGCAAGUCUCCGACACGGUCAGCAAUUUCAUAACCAGGUGAUAAAGAUGGGUCUUGAUGAUGACCCCUUUGUCACAAAUUCCCUAGUGGAUAUGUAUGCCAAGUGUGGAAACAUCAAAGAGGCUCACAAGGCAUUCAGUUCCACAAACCAAAGAGACAUUGCCUGUUUGAAUUCCAUGAUUUCAACAUAUGCCCAGCAUGGAGCGGCAGUAAAAGCUCUUGAAUUGUUCGAGCACAUGAUUUUGGAGGGAAUGAAGCCAAAUUAUAUCACCUUUGUAGGUGUUCUAUCAGCAUGUAGCCAUGCUGGGCUUCAAGACCUUGGAUUUCAUUACUUUGAAUCAAUGUCAAAGUUUGGAAUUGUACCAGGGAUUGAUCAUUAUGCUUGCAUGGUUUCUCUCCUGGGCCGGGCUGGUAGAAUAUAUGAAGCUAAGGAAUUUAUUGAGAAGAUGCCAAUAAAACCAGCAGCAGUAGUGUGGAGGAGCCUGCUCAGUGCAUGCAGAGUUUUAGGUCAUGUUGAACUGGGAACAUAUGCUGCUGAGAUGGCAAUUUCGUGUGAUCCAUCAGAUAGUGGAUCAUACAUAUUACUUUCAAAUAUUUUUGCAUCAAAAGGUAUGUGGGCAAAAGUAAGAAGGGUGAGGGAGAAAAUGGACAUAAGUGGGGCAGUGAAAGAACCAGGUUGGAGUUGGAUUGAAGUGAAUAAUGAAGUUCACAGAUUUAUUGCCAGAGACACAGCCCAUAGUGACUCUGCACUUAUAUCUUUAGUUUUAGACAAUUUGAUUCCACCGGUUAAAGGGUUUGGUUAUGUGCCUAGCUCUACCGCAAUUUUGCUUGAGGAUUGAGAUGAAUCAAACUGUGAUAAUAUUACAAUUAGCCAAGCCUUCAAGUUGCUCAUCAACUGUUGAAAUCAAUUGCUUAAAUUCAUUGUUCAAAGCCUUCACCAAAUGUUGAUGAAUGUAGUCCAUCAGGGCGCUCUGAGUCACAUAAGAAUGUUGUUACACUACGAGAGCAAAACAUAAAAUCGAUAACAAUAAAACUUGUUAUUGUUUACAUAAAAAUGUUGUAUACAGUACGAAAAAAUAAUUAUCAAAUUUAUGAUGUAAGAGCA